AUGGCGCUUCCAGGGAGCUGGCUGGAGCCAUCACAAAGACCCAGACACCGACAGAGGCAGCCACAGGGCUGUGAGCUGGCACUCCUGGGGGCAGCCCCCACAGCUUCAAGGACUCUUGCUGGGAAGACAUGGUGGAGAAGCCAGUGUAGCUCAGAGGUGGGGUGUGACUGCAGAGCGCUCUCCCCAGCAAGGACCUGCUGCCACCACCAGAGACAGCCUGGGCUGAGCUGAGGGAGCCAUGGUGGGGUGGGCAGUGCAGAGCCCAAACUGUGGGUGCCCCGAGAGGAGGCCCCGUGGCUUUACCAGGGUGUGGCUGACAAGGGACCCCCAUGUGAGUCCCAUCUCUUCAGGCAGCACGACAGGUCUGAGCAGGGGGUUGGCAGCACACCUCCCCUGGCAGGGUUGGAAGGGACAGUUCCCUUCCACACCUCUUCCCUUGCCAUUCCCCUGGUAAAUGCUCGCUUGCUCUCUCUUUUUCCACAACCUGCUUCCCAAGUCACUUGGUGUCAGGUAAGAGAAGCUCUCAGCUUGUUGGCAGUGCCAAUGUGGAGCCCUGGGCUCGCUGCUAUCCUGUCUUGCCCCACGCUGGUCCCCCGUGCAUGCACUUCCCUGGGCAGCCCUGGCAUGUCCUGGCUGCCCACAGCCUCUGCAGGGCUCCUGGCUCACGUCCUGUCUAUUCCCUUUCCCCCUCCAGUGGACCAGAGCAUGUUUGAGAACGCCAGCGCCGGCACGGCACCCACGCCACGGGCGCAGCACGUCCCUGCCGCGGCGGGCACCCUGCCCCAGCCCUGCCGGCCCGCUGGCACCCAGCACCUCCGCAACCUGGGCAAGGCCGUGGGCGCCAAGGUGAGCGACCUCCUGCGCCGCAAGGAGCCGGCCGGGCUGCCCGGCGUGGGAGCCAUGGAGGUGAACGCCAGCGCGGGCGCCGUGCUGGGCACGGGACAGCCGGCUGCCGACGACGGGGCUGUGGGGCUGGAUGCCUUUCCCCGGCUGGAACCCCCGCCCCCCAUCACCAAGAAGCGGACGCCACGCGCUCUGAAGACCCCCCAGGACAUGCUCAUCGCUCCGCAGCCGGAGGGGACCAGCAUGGGGAGUGGUGUGGAGGAGCCUCCCGAACCACCCACAGCCCACCCUGACCCCACGGAGGAGCAGCUGGGGAUGGGGGACCCGUCUCCUCCAGAAUGCCCUGGGGUCCCCAGCAUGACGGGCGCCCUAGAGCCCGCUGGGGACCAGCCUGCCAGUGCCUUACCCGUGCCCGACCUCAUCCAUAAGGGCAGCCGGGAGAGCCAGUGGCCAGUGGGUGAGAGGGCCACUGAGAUGUCACCCGGCACAGAGAAACCCUCACGGAGAGCGGGGCUGGAGCACGAGCCACCAGGGAGCACAGGGCAGCCAGAGCCAUGUAGCCCUGGCUGGGAGGUGGAGGGGACCCAUCCUGACCUACUGUCCUUUGAGUAGCAGUGGGUAGCUGUGACACGGGCACCGUGGGGGCUGGCUCUCCCAGACUUGUCUCUUGCUGCCACUUGCCUUUUCUGGGGUGAUUAUUUUGGAAAGGGGGAAGCCUCGGGGUGGAAGGAGCCAUUGGUGCCUGGUGUGGGCUCUGGGGAGCCAUGACAACCCACUUCUCCCCAAAUUCCCAGGAGGGGCACGGCCUGUCUCGCCAUGGCUCCUGCAGUCCCAUUCUGGGCCUAUUCACCCUGGUCAGUGCCAAGCUCCUGUCCUGCCACAGUGCCACUGCCACCCUGUCUGCUGCCAGGAGCCUUGCUGAGCUGGGGACCAAGGGGGUGUGUGGGGGUAGAAAUGCCAGCCUGCCCCAAACCCAUCAGCUCUGAGCAUCCUGUGAGCAUCCCACAAGCACCACACACUCCUCUGUGUCUGCACUGGCUGCCUUGGUCCAGAGGAUUUCCCAGCUUAUGUCAUGUGCUUGCUGGGAUUCCCCAUGCUGGGGUAGCAGCAGGCUCACCCAGCCCUAGUGCCUGGUGCCAGCGAGCCAGGACAGCAGAUGUGUCCAGGGCCUUCUCCAGGUGCUGGAAUCGUGGUGUUACUCUGCUGAGUGCCAUCUCCUUGCAGACCUGAGCUCUGGCAGGGCACAGGGCUGGGCAGCUGGGACUGCACAGCUGCUGGCCAGAGGCUCUGGCAGGGGGCUGAGCUCUCUGUGAGACCCCCUUCCAGCUCCUGCUUGCUUCCUGGUCUCGUCCCAGCCAUCAUGGACAGAACUGUCCAGGCAGGCAGCCCUCUCCAUGUGGGCCAGUGUCACUGCUCCCCUUUAUUUCCUGGGACAGUGGUCUCUGUGAGACUGGACACAAAGCCAGUGCAGUCCUCUGAUUCUGCUGUAUGAGUGUUUUGCCACGGAUUACAGGAGGGGUUAGCCAGCCUGUGCCAGUGCAAGGAAGCAGCUGUGAGAUGGAACUUGGCCCCGGGUCGGGUUGGAGGAGCCCAGGAGCUCGUGGAUAGGCCUGCUCACAGCUCCUGGGCUACUCAGGGUGGUUGGGCUGAAGCUUCCAGCACCCAAAGCCACGCUGUCCCACUGAAGGAAGGAAGCUGUGAGCAUGGAUCCCAUUGCCCUGGAAGCAGCCACCCGUGUCCUUGCCGUUGGAGCAGUGAUGCCAUCCAUGGUGGCUCUGGGGCCCUGCAGCUCUCAGCUCUGGGAAAGCCCUGCUCAAGAGUGAGAGGGGAUGCAGAGCUGCACAGAGCCCGUGUUCAGUGCUGAGGUGUCUCACACCCUGUGACAAUGUGAUCACGCUGUGCAUCCACCCGCAGAUACAGGGGGUGUGUGCUGCCCAGCUCUGCACUGCAGGGUAGGUGUUGAUGGAAACAGCUUGUAGCCCCCUCUGAAGAACCAGCAUCUUCCAUCACUGUGAUCCCAAGGGAACCUUCUUCCCCUUAAGGGAGGGCCGUCACUUACAGCCGGCCCAGUCCCUUUAUUUAUGUUGUCAGCGUGCUUGUGUGUAUUGGUUUGGGACAAGAGAUGCAGAUUGCACAAUAAAUUUUCUUUUUCUUUUUUACCCA